AUGCGAAGCAAGGCGAGUUUUCGAAGACGGCAACGAGAGACCACAAACGAUACAAGAGAUCUUGUUCAUGAUGCCGAAAACACCACAAGUAUGCUGGCUAUACAGGGUCUGGUCGAGAAGGCAAGAUACGCGUCUGGGGAAGUGCAGAAGGGGAUCAUUCAGGCAGGCCUGCAGCGCCAUCUCUAUCCGUUCAAGCCUCGUCAAAAGCGGGUAGAUGCUAUAUGGCAUUUGGUAUUCAAGAAAGAAGAUCUGCUCCUUGCAGCCAAGAUAUCUUUCGGCAAGAGUAUCAUAUUUCAAACAGCGCCGUUGUUUUGUCGCGGUGGCAUCGGCCUCAUCAUCAUCCCUUUGGAUCGAAUUGGACAGGAGCAGUGCAUCAAGAUCCAAAGGCUUCCUGGCGCGAGGUCCGUGUUUAUCAAUGGCGGGACGGACAAGACUGAUGCAUUGGCCCAAGAGAUUGAGAUGGGGGCGUAUACUCAUCUCAUCAUGGGUCCCGAGAUCGCGGCUGGUUGGUUUCGGUCAAUAGCAAGGAACCCGUCCUUCAAGAGACGCGUUUCUAUCAUUGCUAUCGAUGAACUCCAUUUAGUAGCCCUAUAG